AAACGAUCUACAGCUGCAUUCUGAAUUCUUGUCGUCGUCCAACAACAACGUGCUAUAACCUUACUUGCCACCCCUCUCUUAAAUGUCUAUAUACAGCGACGACGCUCUAAAACUUGUUAAGGACGCCAAACGCACAGCCGAAACACCUUCCCUUUCCCCAUACCGAGACGACCUCGUCCGCAAUGUCCUCCUCGAAAUGCGACAUCUUGAAGCCUCCUUAAGAGAUAUCCUUGCUCAACGCGAAAAGGCGUUGCCAGAACAAGUGACAGGCCUCACUGCGGCAGCCACCAUGCAUCACCUGGCCCUGCGACGUUCAAAACGCUGCCUUCUUGCGUAUACUCGGCAUCGAGUAGACCGCAUUUUGGACACGCUGUGGGAGCUGGGUGGAGGGAGCGGGAGUAGUAAUGCAGCUCUGCCGGCAGAUCUGCGACGUAAUCUCAGUUCAAGUGAGGCUGACUUUAUAACAGGGUAUACGGGAUUGGUGAGCGAAUACCGAGGGCAGUUUUUGGAAGUGGACCUUGGAGCGGCGUUAGUUCCACCACGAGAUUUGUUUGUAGAAGUGAGGGUUUUGAAAGAUUGUGGUGAAGUCAUGACGGAAAACGGAGCCGUUCGCUUGGUGAAGAAUAGCCAGCAUUAUUUACGAAGAACAGAUGUAGAGCCAUUUAUUACAGCAGGAUAUCUAAAACAUAUUGAAUAAUGCAUGAAAAUUACCUCUCA